GCUGGAUCAGAGGACAGCUCCUUUUCCCCGAGCAUGGCCCGGCAGGCUUGGGCCAUCUGCUGCCUCCUGGGGACCCUCCUGCUCCAUGGGGGCAGCCCCAGGCCUGGUCCCAGCCCCAAUGUGCCUCGUCUGCGGCUCUCCUACCGAGAUCUCCUGUCUGCCAACCGCUCUGCCAUCUUUCUGGGCCCACGGGGCUCCCUAGACCUCCAAGUCAUGUACCUGGAUGAGUAUCGGGAUCGUCUCUUUCUGGGAGGCCGCGAUGCCCUCUACUCUCUGAGGCUGGAUCAGGCAUGGCCAGACCCCCGGGAGGUCUUGUGGCUGCCACAGCCAGGACAGAAGGCAGAGUGUGUCCGAAAGGGAAGAGACCCUUUGACAGAGUGUGCCAACUUUGUACGGGUCUUACAACCCCACAACCGGACCCACCUGCUGGCCUGCGGCACUGGAGCCUUCCAGCCCAUCUGCACUCUUGUGGCAGUGGGGCAUCGAGGGGAGCAUGUGCUCCACCUGGAGUCUAGCACUGUGGAAAAUGGAAGGGGACGCUGCCCACACGAGCCAAGCCGCCCCUUCGCCAGCACAUUUGUAGGUGGGGAGCUGUACACAGGCCUUACUGCUGAUUUCCUGGGACGUGAGGCCAUGAUUUUCCGGAGUGGGGGUCCCAGAGCAGCUCUGCGUUCUGACUCUGACCAGAGCAUCCUACAUGACCCCCGGUUUGUGAUGGCUGCUCGAAUCCCAGAUAACUCUGACCGGGAUGAUGACAAGGUCUACUUCUUCUUCUCUGAGACUGUCCCAUCGGCAGAUGGCAGCCCAGGUCACGUCACCAUCAGCCGUGUGGGCCGAGUCUGUGUGAAUGAUGCUGGUGGCCAGCGGGUGCUGGUGAAUAAAUGGAGUACGUUCCUCAAGGCCAGGCUGGUCUGCUCUGUGCCUGGCCCUGCUGGGGCUGAGACUCACUUUGACCAGUUGGAGGAUGUGUUCCUGCUGUGGCCCAAGGCAGGGAAGAGCCUUGAGGUGUAUGCACUGUUCAGCACUGUCAGUGCUGUGUUCCAGGGCUUUGCCGUCUGUGUGUAUCACAUGGCUGAUAUCUGGGAGGUCUUCAAUGGGCCCUUUGCCCACCGAGAUGGCCCUCAGCAUCAGUGGGGACCUUAUGGGGGCAAAGUGCCCUUCCCCCGUCCUGGUGUGUGCCCUAGCAAGAUGACUGCACAGCCAGGGCGACCCUUUGGCAGCACCAAGGACUACCCGGAUGAGGUGCUGCAGUUUGUCCGAGACCACCCACUCAUGUUCCAGCCUGUGAGGCCUAGGCGUGGCCGCCCUGUGCUGGUCAAAACUCACUUGGCUCAGCAGCUGCGCCAGAUUGCAGUGGACCGAGUGGAGGCUGAGGAUGGGACCUAUGAUGUCAUCUUCCUAGGGACUGAUUCAGGUUCUGUGCUCAAAGUCAUCGCCCUCCAUGUGAGUGAUGUGGAUGAGCCUGAAGAGGUAGUUCUGGAGGAGCUCCAGGUGUUUAAGGUGCCAACACCCAUCACUCAGAUGGAGAUCUCGGUCAAAAGGCAAACACUGUACGUGGGCUCUCCGCUGGGCGUGGCUCGGCUGCAACUACACCAGUGCCAGACUUACGGCAGUGCCUGUGCAGAGUGUUGCCUGGCCCGGGACCCAUACUGUGCUUGGGAUGGUGCUUCCUGUACCCGCUACCGCCCCAGCUUGGGCAAGCGCCGGUUCCGGUUCCGUAGGCAGGACAUCCGACAUGGCAACCCUGCUCUGCAGUGUCUGGGCCAGGGCCAGAGCCACCACAAGGAGGCUUCAGGACUGGUGACCAGAGUCUUUGGCACAGAGCACAACAGCACCUUCCUUGAGUGUCUGCCCAAGUCUCCCCAAGCUGCAGUGCGCUGGUUCUUACAGAGGCCAGGAGAUGAGGGGACCGACCAGGUGAAGACAGAUGAGCGAGUUGUACAAACAGAGCAGGGGCUGCUGUUCCGGAGGCUCAGCCGCCUUGAUGCUGGAAACUAUACAUGCACCACACUGGAGCACGGCUUCUCCCAGACUGUAGUUCGGUUUUCUCUGGAGGUGAUUGCAGCCAUGCAGCUGGAUAGCCUGUUCCUUCGGGAGCCAAGGCUAGAGGAGCCCUCAGCCUGGAGAGGCCUGGUCUCUGCCUCACCCAAGACUUGGUAUAAGGACAUCCUUCAGCUUGCUGGUUUCGCCAACCUACCCCGUGUGGAUGAGUACUGUGAGCGUGUAUGGUGUAGGGGGGUUGGGGAGCGCUCAGGCUCCUUCCGGGGCAGGGGAAAGCAGGCUAAGGGCAAGAGCUGGGCAGGGCUAGAGUUGAGCAAGAAGGUGAAGAACCGGGUGCUGGCUGAGCACAAUCGGACACCCCGGGAGGUAGAAGCCACAUAGAAGAUGGCUGAAGAGGGAGGGGGUGGUCAGGCUGGGCUGGGGGACUCAACAGCAUCUCCCUCCCACCCAGCUUGGGCAGAGGAGGCCAGGGCACCUGGUUACCUCCUAGAGAUGGAAAUCUCUACUACCUACAGGAAAAACUAGAGCCUCGUAGGAGGGGCCAUGCAUUUCAGCCUACUCCUGUUCCUGUCUGUGCUCUCAGUCCCAGGCUAGAGCUGGCACCUCCUGACCACUUGUAGUCAGUCCCAAGGGACCUGCUAUUUGUUCUCAGAGAUGGCGUGGCUUCCGGAGCACAUUUCCGGCUGUGCCCAAAGGCAGGAGUGUUGGGUGGUAUUUUCUCAGCUUGCAGAACAAUGGCCAUCCUGGGAGGAUGUAUGGGUGGCUCUGAGGGGACACACUGGCAGUCUACCUUGUAAGCUGGCGCCUGUGAAGAAACACUUGCUCCAACAAAGUUGUGAAAGAAGAUGGCAGAGUGAGGAGACAGGAGAGCACUGUUCCCUGCCUCCAUGCUUUGGUAUCGAGAUGUUUCCCUGCCUCAGCCCACCACCAUCUCAUACUUAACAGAGGCAGAAAUGGCUGGAACCUGGAGGUGGCUUGGCUCCCCUUUCACACCAGUUAGAGUUGUCUCACAAUAUGACACCUCACCAUCAGGACCACUCCCUGAGGCUCAGGAGGAGGGCCUGUGGGGCAGAGAGGAACAAAGCAGCUGCAGGAUGGGAGCAGGAAGCAGCUACCUCUCUAAGGGGGAGGUGGCACACUCAGGCCUGUGUGGUUAGGAGUGGGCUCUCUGAGAACUGCAGCCUGUGGUCUGGGGCCACCAGAGGUGGUAUCUUGGGUCCAUGACAGGUGUCCUCAAGAAUCAAAGUGACAUCAGUCAGUCCAGGAGUCAUCAGACAGGCCAGAUAUUUCCAACCCUGGAGUCUGUACUUUCUGCCGUACACAGGGUGGUCAUGAUGGUUCAUUUGUAAGACUCCUAUGUUUUUUGUGGUACUUGGGAUUGAACCCAGGGUCUCAUGCAUGCUAGACAAGUGCUCUACCACUGAGUUAUGUCCCAGCAAUCCCUCUUUCUUUCCAAUGGGAGGUUGUGGAAAAGAAAGCUGGUGUCAAGGGCACAUGUGGCCUGGGCUGUAGGGAGGAGUUUGGCCAUCAGCAGUCUCUGCAGCUGGGGAGCAGAGUGGGGGAGGAGGACAAUUAAAUGAAAAGUUAUUCCCAGCCUAAGGGUGAACAAGUUAGUGACGCACAAGACAGACUAGAGGGCAAGUCUGAGAUGGUGCCUUUGAAAAGAAGGAAAAAGAAGAAAAGAGGGCGGGCAGAAGAUGAAAAGCAAGAUAGAGAGGCUCUCACUCCACUGAAGUUCAAACCUUGUGUUUAUUUCCUCUCUCCUGGCACCCCUAGGGUGCUGGGAUCUGAAUGUGCAAACAGAAGCUCUGAAAUCCACCUGCUCAAACCCAGAUUCCUUCUGCUUGUGGACACGGCCCUUGGGAUAUUGGCGGAUGAAGGAAGAGGAGAGAGGAGUGGGUGGAAGCCCGAGGGAAGAAGGGAUGGGGAGACAGAGGAGAUGAACAGAGUAGAAGAGACCCGGAGAAGACAGAAAGUGUCAACCUAGCCCUCAGUGGCCUUUGGACCAAGUCUAGGUUUGAGACACUCUGGGUAGGACCCUCUGGGGAAGUGGCUCUGGAGUACACAGGGAUAAGGAACUCAAUAUGCUCAACUAUGCACCCCUAGAUUGGGAAUAGGACAGCUCCUGCAGACAGCCACCCUUCAUGGUACUGUAGUAUGAGCACCCGGGAAUACCCAUAUGUGUGAUUUGUGUUUGUGUUAGUGUUUUGAAGUGGACCUUUUGGCUUCUUGGUCUUCCAAGCAUACUAUUGAAAUUGCUAUUGAUAUUUUUAUUGUUUGUGGUUGUCUUUGAGCUCUGACGAGGAAAGCAGAGCCCAUAAAGGGAUGAAAAAAUAUUUAUACCACCCAAUUACAUCA